CGCGAUACAAACUUUUCCCGGUUACCUGAGGAAACGAGAGUUUGUUUCAAAGUGCAACUCAGUGAAUGAACAACAACAAAGCUUACCCCAUAAACAACAGGUUUUUUUUUUAUUUAUCUUUUUGGUGGGGAAUCUUGGCUGUAUGAAGCAAAGCAGAAAUGGCAACACCACAAACACUUCAGCCUGUCCUGAAGAUGAAGGUCGACGAGCUCUUCCUCUUUUGGUUGAGUGAGCCGAGCACUCAGGCGAUGCUGAAAGACUACCUGAACAAAAUCAAGAAUGGAGAAGAAAUAGAACUAAGCUGUGGGGAUUUCCAGACCAGGAACACUCUUGUGUUAACAGAAAACAACAACAACAACAUUGCAUCAAAGAUUAAUGCGACAGAGAAACUGAAUGCGGCCCUUGGCACCCCGUGCAGCCCCCCAUCAGCCACGCUGCCAUCUGCGAGUGGCAGCAAUAACAGAGCAGGACUAAACGCAAGGGCCCUGCGACGCUCUGUCAGCACUAAGAAGGAGGCACAGGCUAAGAAAGAGGAGCCCGUUACACCAGCCUUAAGUGAAAGCAUUCCAAAGUUUUACUUCCCCCGAGGACAGCCCCAGGCCAAUAUCAACAUUGACAAACUAAUUUCCAAGAUAGAAAAAAUAUUUUCUCAAUUUCCUGAUGAAAGAGUCACUAUUAACGACAUGGGGCUUGUCGCCAAGGCCUGCGAGUGUCCACUCUAUUGGAAAGCUCCAUUGUUCCACGCUGCCGGAGGAGACAGGAGGGGAUAUGUGUCCGUUCAUAAGUUUGUGGCAAUGUGGAGAAAAGUGCUUCAGACCUGUCAUGAUGACGCAUCCAAAUUUCUUCACCUUCUUGCCAAGCCUGGCUGCAAUUAUUUGGAACAAGAAGACUUUAUUCCAUUCCUGCAGGACGUGGUGGACUCUCAUACAGGUCUGGCGUUUCUAAAGGAGGCUUCAGACUUUCAUUUACGUUACAUUACCACAGUUGUCCAAAGGAUAUUUUAUAAUGUAAACCGCUCAUGGACGGGAAAAAUAACAUGUUCAGAACUUAGAAGAAGUAGUUUUCUGCAGAAUGUGGCACUACUGGAAGAAGAGGAAGAGAUUAACCACUUGACCGAAUUCUUCUCUUACGAACAUUUCUAUGUAAUUUACUGUAAGUUCUGGGAGCUGGACACAGAUCACGACUUGUACAUAGACCAGAGAGAUCUGGCCCGGCAUAAUGAUCAAGCCAUAUCCACCAGAAUGAUUGAGAGAAUAUUCUCAGGAGCUGUAACCAGAGACAGGAAGAUUCAUAAAGAGGGCAGAUUAAGCUAUGCUGACUUUGUGUGGUUCCUCAUAUCUGAGGAGGACAAAAAAACUGAGACCAGCAUCGAGUACUGGUUUCGCUGUAUGGACCUGGAUGGGGAUGGGGUGCUAUCCAUGUAUGAGCUUCAGUACUUUUACCACGAGCAGUGUCAGAAGCUGGAUACUAUGGCCAUUGAGCCACUGCCUUUUGAGGACUGCCUGUGCCAAAUGUUAGACCUGGUUAAGCCAGAAAUUCCAGGAAAGAUCACCCUCAGGGACUUGAAGAGAUGUAAACUUGCACAUAUAUUCUUUGACACAUUGUUCAACAUUGAGAAAUACCUGGUCCAUGAACAAAGGGAUCCUGUUCUGGCUGCAAGGGAUGCUGAGAUACUAGGACAAGAGAUUUCUGACUGGGAGAGAUAUGCUGCUGAGGAGUAUGAUAACUUGGUGGCUGAGGAAACUGCCAAUGAGCAGUACAAUGACGGCUAUGAAAAUGCUUUACAACCAGUUGACCACAUUCCAUGUACUUUUGACCUGCACAAUGAGAAGAGACCUCUCUUUGAAAUCCCCAACCCUCACUGUAACCUGGACCUGGAUGAAUAUGAAUACGAGGACGAUUUCGAAUGACAGCCGGCAACCCUAUACCACAAGUAAUCAGAGAAAGGCCACCCUCUGGUAGUGUGUAGAACGGGACGUGGACAGAGCCUGCUUUCAAAGACUGGUGCUGUCUGUAAGGAUAAACUGUCUCCCAGCUGCUGGAUGCCAAACAGUAAACCAGCAUUCUAGUGAGACUUAGCAAGUCGGGUUGAGCUAGCAGAGUAUAUCUGUCAGUCUGACAUCUGUGCACCGCCAGGUUUCUAAAACAAAUAUAGAUGCCCUGUAGGUUUCAUAUAACUAUACUGGAACCUAACUAGGACAUUAAAAGUACACUUGAAAUAUUGAAUGUGCACUAAGAAUUUGUUUUUUUGUUUUUUUACACUUAGAACUGGCUAUUAAGACAUUCCAGAGAUUAACCAAAGUGAUUUCAGAUGUUCACCAGCUUGAUUUCAUGGAUGGCUUAUUUCUCAUGGAGCUGUUGUCUACAUGCCUUAUUUGAGGGUCACAAUUAUAUGAAAUAAUGCAGUAAUCAGACUCUGACAUUUUACUGUGUCUGUGUGAGAGGUGUUUCUAAAUUAUAAUGUAUUUAUAAUUGUACAUAUUUGUGUUGUGCUUGCCUCCUGUUUGUUCAAAACCUUUAAGCUUAGUCCAGGUAAAUGUUUUCAACAAAUCAUGUUUGUGUGUGUAUAGAAGUGCUUCCUAUAACAAUGUACUUUUUUUUUGUUGUUGUUGCAAAAUAUGAGUUUUUACAUCUGUCUUAAAGUUCAAUAAAGUAUUAAGAUAAA